AUGCCCGCUACAGACCCAAAGCCAUCAUUUCUGGAAUCAAUUUCGCCGUGGUCAACAACGCGAAGUUCAACGCCUCAGAACGGGCCCGACAACGCUUCGGAUACGGUAGAUAGUCUGAAACAAGGUACAGGACAGGAUCAUGUCACUUCCUACAAGAAGCGACUGAGUUCGCUACGAUAUCCGCCAGACUGCCCGCCACUGCAAACGAGAUGGUUUUAUGCUGUAGAUACCCCAAAAUCGAAGCCGUCGUUCACGGGUAUGGAGAAGCCGGAGCCACUGAAGCCCUUACCUCCCGCAAAAAAGUUCAUUCCGUUUUAUACCAAAGACUCCCAGUCCAUUGAGAGAGCUUUCCAGCAACUCCUUCAGCAAGAGGCAGUGGAUUCCACAGAGAAGACAAAAGAUAAUGAAUCAAAGCAGAGCACAGUCAAGGUCCCAGUAAACGAGGACUACCUGUACGAUGUCGAUGUGGAUAAACGAGAACUAGGGCCUGCAUACUGGUUAGGGCCUAUCUAUGAAGUCAGGCGUGGAACGUGGUUCUUCCAGGAAGGAUCCGUCCUCAGGCCAUGUGAAGAGAACCUUGCGACUCAGCUCGAAGAGGGCUAUUUGAAGAUGAAACCCUGGCAACCGCAAUACUCGCAGAACAAACCCACAACAGGAACCGCUACGAUAUCAGACGAAAAAUCCCAGGCGAAUCAGCCCUCCAAAGAUUCAAGUCCGGUCCGUGGCGUAACAAGCAAAAAGACUAGCGAUGAAGGUAGACCAGAACGUGAUCGUUCAGACAGCCCGAGCCGGUCGGGCGUUCCAAGCCAGUCUUUACCUGUUUACCGUCUCUUUGGCUCUUACAUGAAUAGCACCGUUACUUACCAGGAUUCAACUGUGGCGUGGUUGAAUUAUGACGACUUCAUGUCUCGUGUAAGCAGUACUGUCUACCAGAGAUUUGGUGGUGUGGGAGGUACUAAGGUUGUGAGAGGAUACGUUGAGCAAGGGACUCAGAAGGAUUCGGUAGAUACCAAAGCCGGACCAUCAAAGAGCUCAUCGUCGGUGGCCCCGGCUAUGCAUUCGGGUGUUACAGGAAAGGAGAAUCCUCCGCCGAAUCAAGAUGACUCCACUGGUUCGACCGAGCCCGAGGGAUUAAAUUCCAAAGCGCUGUCAACCGGCCAUAGAAUAACGUUACAACGUCAGAUGUCUUCCCUCAAUGGCGAGGCGGGAGACAGUGCCGAGCUCGAAGAAGAAGCGAGAAAACAGGAAGAACAGGAAAUGGAAGACUCCAGAGAGACAGAAGGCGAAGAGAGAGACAGAGAGAUCGAUCAUCUCAUUCUAGUGACGCAUGGAAUUGGCCAGCGCCUGGGACUCAGACUGGAUAGUAUCAAUUUCAUUUCCGAUGUCACGACGUUGAGAAAGACCAUGAAAUCAGUCUACGCCGCGUCACCUGAUUUGCAGGCACUUAAUUCUCAAUAUCCGGACGCAAAGAAGAAUUGUCGCGUCCAAGUUCUUCCUGUAUGCUGGAGAUAUCUCCUUGACUUUCCUCGUCAAGGUCUGCGCCAGAAUCGCAAAGAGCUUGACCUUGCCGACCCUGAUAGCUUGUCAUCUGAGGAGGAACAAUAUCCUAACCUGGCUGAUAUCACAUUGGAAGGUGUACCUGCUGUCCGCAAUCUGAUCUCAGAUCUGGCCAUGGACGUCCUCCUGUAUCAAAGUGGGUACCGAGAACACAUAAUGGGUAUUGUGCAACGGGAGUGUAAUAGAAUACUUCAGCUGUUCAAAUCCCGUAACCCGUCGUUCAAAGGCUCAGUUAGCUUAUGUGGGCACUCAUUGGGAAGCGCUAUCAUGUUUGAUAUCCUGUGUCGUCAGAGUCAACGUUCCCAUAGAGAUUUUGAAGAAAAAGGGAAAAGGCAGAGUUCGAAGCAGAAUAGGGCACGCGAGUCAAUGACCGGCUAUCCUCUUGAUUUCGAUUGUAAGGAAUUCUUUUGCCUUGGCUCACCACUUGCACUCUUUCAAAUGUUGCAGGCAAAAACAAUUGCUGGGAGAUCUCUUGCGAACGGCUCGGCAGAGAGAAAUUCGGCUCUAUCUCACAGUCUGGGGGCUGCAACUCCACCUAUAGGUGAUCCGACGGAACAGGCAGUCUUCGAAUUGAAUCCGAGUGUCUCUUCACCUCAAUGUGAAGAACUAUACAACAUUUUCCACCCCUCUGAUCCAGUCAGCUACCGCCUCGAACCACUGAUCACUCCUGCGAUGACGGCAUUGAAACCCCAGCCCCUCCCCUUCGUGAAGAAAAACAUUUGGACAGCAUCUGGUCAAAGCCUAUCGAACAUUAGCUCUCGGGUGGGGUCGCUUUGGACGAAUUUCACCACUGGUGUCGCAAGCAGCUUGCUAAAUCGCAGCUUGGGUAUACAGUCUGAUGGAACAUCAGGCUCAACUCACUCGCGUACUGCUUCCCAGCAGUCAUCAUCGUCGGACACCAAGAAUGACAAAUUUCAGUCAGGCUCGAAAGUACUCGACCAUGAAUUAGAAUUCCCGACUCUUAUAGAUUCAGGAAUGGAAACACUUUAUGAAGGUUUCCAGAAAGCGAGACGCAGUGAUAAAAAGGGUGGCUCAGGCGAUAGCAGUGAUGACGUUGAAGAUCGUUCUCGGAGAAUCAAGAUCGAAGAGUCCAAAGUCCGUGCCCUCAAUUCGAAUGGUAGAGUGGACUAUAGCAUUCAAGAGUGA